AUGAAGAAGGUUUGGUUUGCUCGUCAAGGCGCCAACACCGCAAGCUAUGUGAGCAAGCCUGUAUUCAUGGGGUUGUAUACCGAUUUCACUCUCGAGCGGCGACAUUCACCGGAACCUCCGAUCACUAGUGAUUGCGUGACUGCUGCGGACAUGGGCCCGAUGAACGCUUUCUCAGGUCCACGCCGCAUAACCUUUCUUAUGUUCGCGUGCUGUCACAUAUGGAACAAAGCACCUACGGCACGGACAUGGGAUUGA